ACCCUACAUGUCCAUUGGAACACUGCGUGAUCAGGUCAUCUAUCCCGAUUCCGUGGAAGACAUGCAUGAGAAAGGCUACCAAGAUCAAGAUCUGGAGUGUAUCCUGCAUGUGGUUCAUCUGUACCACAUAGUUCAGAGAGAAGGAGGCUGGGAUGCCAUCAUGGAUUGGAAAGAUGUCUUAUCAGGAGGAGAAAAACAAAGGAUGGGCAUGGCUCGUAUGUUUUAUCAUAAGCCAAAAUAUGCACUGCUGGAUGAAUGCACGAGUGCUGUUAGCAUUGAUGUUGAAGGAAAGAUAUUCCAAGCUGCAAAAGCUGCCGGGAUAUCCCUGCUUUCUAUAACACACAGACCUUCUCUUUGGAAGUACCACACUCACUUGCUGCAGUUUGAUGGACAAGGAGGCUGGCAUUUUGAGCAGCUGAACAUGGACGUCCGCUUGUCACUGAGUGAGGAAAAACAGAGACUGGAGUCCCAACUUGCAGGAAUUCCUAAAAUGCAGCAGAGACUGAAUGAACUGUGUAAAAUCUUGGGAGAAGACUCAGUGCUCAAAACAAUGGACAAAGAAGAAUGAAUAAUUUAUGUUUUACGUUUUUAAAAGUAUUUUUUUAGUUAAAAGCAUUACAAGUUCAGACAUUAUCCUUUGCAUGCAUUGUGCUAGAGGCUUAGAGCAUAGAGAAAUACAGCCAGCAGAGAAUAAUGCUCAGAAUGCUAUGUAAGACUUCAGCAUUUCAGUGUUAAGGAAGAAAGUGGUUAAACUGUGAAAGGAAAACAAGCAAGGGCACCGAGUAUAAGAUUAGUCGCUGCAGCUUAUUUUAAUUCCUAGUGAAAGCCCAAUUCACUGCAAAGAAAUAGCAACACUUUUAGGUUUUGUCGGUGAGUUUUGGCCUGAGACUUGGCCUGCAGAAUGUGCUCUUGUACCAGGUCACUGUGUGCGUAUGAUAUGCCUGCUACGCAGAGCGAACGUGGCGUGACACUCAGGCAUGGAGCACAGCAGAGGCAGCAUCUGGGUGAGUAUGCAGAUGCAUGCAAAAAUCUCAUUUGGGUAUAAGAAACUUUCUUUCAGCCCAUGUGAAACAAAACUUUUCUACUACUGAGUAGCGUGCACGUCUUUGUCUGCAUCUCCAUAGGAAGUAAUGCAAUAGGCUGACCAGAAGAUAACUGUCCUGACAAACUACUGCCCUUGUGACAAGAGAAACAAGGAUGGAGCUAAGUAUGUAAUAUACACGUGCUGUACUUUAUGCUGUGAUGCACAACUUCAGAGGCUCUUUGCCCUUGGUGCUAUAUCUGUCCCUCUGGGGAAGUACUUGUCCCCUGUGUAGUAAUCUCUGGUGGGCGGAUGGAGCACUGGGCCUAACAUUAGGAGACCUUGUUUUGCUUCACUGAGUCAUUCAUCUGCUUCAUGGGCCUGACCCAGCCAGUAUGCACCUCUGAUCUGGUUCCUCCAUUGGUAAAAUCUCGGUAUGGGCACGUUUGUUCCGUGAGACCUUUUGUGAUGAGGACUGUAGGAGAGCAUGUCUGUUUCUAACAUACACUGAAUUCUCAGACAUGGCUGUCCUGCCAAUUAAAAUGUUUAGUGCUUACAAAGGUUUGUGAAAAUUUAGAGCAUUUUAUAACCACUAAUUGAUGCCUGCCAUAUUUUGUUAGAGUGGACAAACAUUGUGCUCCCCGUGAGCAGAGCAGACAAGAAAAUGCACCGUGGCAGCUUUGCUCCAGAUGCACUCUUUGAUCGUGCCAUUGGCUGCCCAGUUCAGUGGGAGCCAUGUCCCCAGGCAGCCAAAGGGGCUUCAAGCUGAUCCCCGUGGAGCUCAGGGCUGGCCUGAGUGCCUUGCUGCAGGCCAAACUCGGUGAACUAGAAAUAAAGGUGGGAAUGGAUUUUGAGAGAUCCCUGCAAGUGCACUGCCAGUCUUGACAAAAUGCUUACUGUGGCCCAUUAGCUUCCUUGGCAGCAGUGUUUGGUUGGGGAGACUGUGCAAGUGUGCACAGAUCUUUCCUCCUCCAUUGCUGGAAGCUGUUCAGAAAUGGGCAGCUCAGGAGUAGCUCAGGCAAGAGACUGUGCAGGUCUUUCAUCUGCUGUAGGUAAAUGCUUUAGAGGAGAUGUAGCAAUCCUGAAGUUGUUCGUUCCUUAGAAGAUUUCUUUCUGGUGACUUACUCUGAGAAGGAGCAAUGCAUAAGCUGUUAAGAAGUGCUGAGAGAGGAGAAGCGCACUGGGAUAUUUGCUGAGCUGUAUUCAGAACUGAAUGCCAUGGACAGCUUUUCAUAUGAGAGCAGCACCUCAGAGCGAGGUGCUCAGCACCAGUGCUGGAGAAAAGGCUUUGGAUUGGCAUCUCAUCAUUUCAGAAGUGAUGCCUUUGUCAGUGUCCUUGCUUGGGAGUUUAGCUGUCUGGAGGCUGCCAUUCUGCUGGGUAUGUUUGAACAGUCUGUUAAUACAGACUGUUUACAUUUUCUGUGAGUCAAGCACAAGAGGAGGGGGUGAUCAGUAGGGAAUUAACUCUGUCUGCCAAGCCCAAGGCCAGCACAGUAACCGUUAGGCUGUCUUCCUUCUUGCUGCAUGCUGGACUAGAACUUGGAAUAAAUCAGGUCCUCACCUUGCUCCUCUAGAGUCCAUGGCUUGAAUGCAAUCCUGCAUUGCAUUGGUGGCAACAGUUUGUUCCUCCUGUUAGUUUUCUCUAUAAAGUCCUCUGGGACUUCUCACUGAAAGAAGAAAGAUCGCUCCUGGGAAUCUGUGAAAGGGAUGAGAAGUGAAGGUUCAAACAAUAAGCUGUUGUGUUGUAGAGUGCAGACUGGAGGUAACUGAUGUGAUGGAUGAUGUGUGUGUGCGUUUUGAUUUGUGAGUGUCUCUGCCUGUCCCUGAAGGCAAGCUUUCCUGCUUCUCAUCUUCAAAAGAAAUCCAUAUCUGCUAAGGAAAGAAAGAAGUCAGCCAAGAAUCUGUUCUGGGUGAACGUAAAUGAGAUGAUGAUGAUUUCAAAGGCUUGUGCAUUUCUGAGCUAUGUUUCUAGACCACUGUGAUGAAUCAGGUGUGCACCAUGUGCGUGCCCUUGUUGCAGCUGCAACGUACCGUCCUGCUGGCAGAAAGCAGCCACAAAACCACUUUUCCACAAGAUUCUCCCAAGGCAGGAGCUGAGGUAGAGAAAGGGGCUCCGUUGCUCCCCGUCUCUCCGUGAUGCACUUUACUGUGUGGCUGGGAGCUAAACCAGGCUCGUCCAGUCCCUGAAUGAGGAGGACACUGAAAAAUGUUGAGCGCUUGACCCAGUUCAGCACAGCUCCCACGUAUAGUUCCCAUCUUCCAGGAAAGCACUGCAAUGGCACCUGACUUGUUGAGAGCUGUCACUGGUGGACACAGCGCCCCGAAUCUGCUGUACUGCCCUGCAGAGAUCAAUGCUGACCCUGUGCUAUGGCCCAACAGAACAGGUCAUCUGAGGGAACUGCUUAGAAGGAGAAAUAUUGUUUGUUUGUUUGUUUGUUUGUUUUUAAUGAUAUUCUGCAUAGAACAUGCAUCGUGACUGAUGAAAUGUGAUUGAAAACUGAAAUUGCACUAGAAUCAGUGUAAUCUUGAAGUCUGAUAUGUAUUUCGUGGAUCCAGUAAUAGAUUGGCCAUUCCUAUUUAGUAACACAGUAACAAAAACCAGCAUCCCACUCUGCUGUUUGCAUUCUUGCAGGCAUGAAAAGAGCACAAGAGCGCUGAUAGGAGAGGAACUUUCUCUAAAUAGGAGCUGUCUGAGUAAUGCCGAGCCACUUUUAGAAGGAUUUUCUGUACUGGUGAUUCAUUCAUCUUAAAAUUGAUUUUGUAGUUUGAAGAGAAGCUGCCCUGCAGAUUUUUUUCUGCAAACUCUCUGGUUUGUUCCAAGUGCUGAUAUAGACAGGAGUCUCCAGUUUCAUUUCUGGAGAGCUUUGCCCUUUGUCAAGGACAUGAGCCAACUUAUUUUGUGCUGCUUUGGACACAGCCAGGAAAGCAAAGCAGAGGGUCACACUCUUCCCUGGGAGAGUAGCUCAAGGAGAUGCUCUUCUGCAGCCAGCAUACAGGAGCACCUGCCUGUUACAGCACUCCCAGAGAGGGCCAGAGCAGGGCAGCAUGCCUCAGUGGAAUCCUUUUCCUUGAUACAAUGAGAGUUAUUCAUGAGAGUCCAUUCUUUCUCUAGCUUCUAGGAGCUGUGGCUCCCCAAGAAGCCAAGGAAGUGUCUUUUUGGCUUACCUUCUCAGCAUUACAUCUUGCUGAGCUGGGCAGAUUCUGCCCUUGAAGUCAUUUCAAGGGCUGAAUGUUGCAAAGAGCCGGGUGCACCCAGCCUGCUGCCAGCAGCCUGUUGUGCCCCAGCACUGGGCUUUCUUGGGUCUGUGUCCUGGACGAGUGAAGGUGCUAAGCAAAAUUCAUACCAGUCUCAAGCAGGGAUUAACUGUGCAAUAAGAUUGGUAAUUCAAUAAUGUAAUUCCCAGUUAAUAUAGAUAAUAAUGGGAUUUUUUUUUCCAGAAUCAAAGUGGGAGAAAACGCUUUCUGUGCAUGGGAUUUAAGUGUUUUAACCUAGGAAAAGUUCAUUUUGGGACCACACUAUUUCUGGUUUUAGAUUUGAAAACUCUUCUUUUGCAGGAGCACAAAAAACUAAGCAUCCUUUAAGUAUUUUUUUUUUUUUUAAAUCAGUGGGAUCUGUGUUUGAGUGAGGAAUGAAGUACUGGAUAUUCAGUGGGAUAUUUUAGGGAAAAUUGCAAUAAAAAUUAUAUCCUAAAGCAAAUGAACAAACACACCUACAGUCCCCUCAGUAUGUCUGAAUGAUCAUAAUGCAUGUCAAAGCCGAGUUUAUGAGCCUAUGAUCUGAGAUUUCAGUCGUAUAUAGAAUGAAAUCACUCUACUGAGCUGUUCAUAAAGCUUCAGAGAACUGAACUGCUAAUCGAAUGUGUCUUUGUUUCAUUUAUGUUUGAUAUUAAUGCCUUUUAAGAGCAGACAAUUUAUAAAGCAAUAAAUCAUGCUUUACAGUUGUAAUUUAUUCCAAUGUCAAAUAAAACAUGUUGCAUUUAC